GACUCAAAUCUAUAAAUAGAAGAGGUUGGGAGAGUAAGAGGAAACGGCUGAGAAUCAGGGAGAAGCUCAAAAACAAAUUAGAGAGCAUUAGAUACGAGAGGGUCCACGUAAGACCCGUACUCCACUUUGAUUCUCUCAAUCUCCUUCAAUCUCUUUUAUUUUAUUUGUUGGUUACAAUUUCUUGUGAUCUAUCUCUCGAUCUAAAGACGAUGAAGCGUGAGUAUUUGGAUUACACACUGGUUCCUUUAGGACUGGCUUUGAUGGUGUUCUAUCAUCUAUGGCUUCUCUACCGUAUCAUCAACCGUCCAUCUUCGACCGUUGUUGGCCUUAACGCUUUCAAUCGCCGCCUUUGGGUCCAAGCCAUGAUGGAGGAUUCAUCCAAAAACGGCGUUUUAGCGGUACAAACGCUAAGGAAUAACAUAAUGGCGUCAACUCUAUUGGCAUCAACGGCAAUAAUGUUGUGUUCACUAAUCGCGGUACUUAUGACCAGCGGUACAGGAGAGCGUUCCGUUUGGUUUGUGUUUGGUGACAAAAGCGAUCGAGCCUUCUCGCUCAAGUUCUUCGCGAUCCUAGUGUGUUUCCUAGUCGCGUUUCUCCUCAACGUCCAAUCAAUUCGUUAUUACAGCCAUGCAAGCAUCCUCAUCAAUGUCCCAUUUAAACAGCUCAUGGCUGUUUCCUCAGGUGGUCGUGGUCAUGGUGGUCUCAUGAUAAACCAAGACUAUGUGGCUGCAACGGUUAACCGUGGGAGCUACUUCUGGUCGCUAGGACUAAGAGCGUUCUACUUCUCAUCGCCUUUGUUCCUAUGGAUCUUUGGUCCCAUCCCGAUGUUCAUAACUUGUUGCGUUCUUGUUUGUUCGUUGUACUUCCUUGAUUUAACGUUUGACUCGAUGAACUGUACCGUUGGAGUCGCAGACGGGGAGGAGCCAGAGAUUAGAAGCUUAUCUCAGAAUGUUUAGUAGUUUUUAUAAGUAACAAUUGUUAGGGAUUCAGAUAAGUUUUGUUUAAUGGAACAUACAAAUCUUAAAGUUGUAUCGAUUCAGGUUCAAUGGUUGUUGAACCUGUGUCAAAGAAAGAGUCACUCUGUUGUUAAAUGAAUAAAAAUUGUCAAGUUAACAGUAAAAUUAA